AUACAUAGAGUCCUAAGACAAAACAAAGCAAAAGCAAAGAUAAUCAUUCAAUUCAAUCAACCUACUACAACAAUCUUCUUUAUCUUUCUUGUUCAAUCAUUCUUCAGAACAAAAAAAAAAAGAAAUAUAUAUAUGGCAAAGAGUUCAUUCAAGCAAGAACAUGAUCUUGAGAAAAGGCGUGCCGAAGCUUCUAGGAUUAGGGAAAAAUACCAAGAUAGGAUUCCGGUGAUAGUUGAAAAGGCUGAAAGGAGUGACAUUCCCAACAUUGACAAGAAAAAGUAUCUUGUCCCAGCCGACUUGACAGUAGGCCAGUUUGUGUAUGUCAUUCGCAAAAGGAUUAAAUUGAGUGCAGAAAAGGCAAUUUUUAUAUUCGUCGACAAUGUCCUACCACCAACAGGUGCAAUCAUGUCUUCAAUCUAUGAUGAGAAGAAGGAUGAAGACGGUUUCCUCUAUGUUACCUACAGUGGAGAAAACACAUUCGGGGACCUUAACUUGGUGUAGUUUUCACAACUCUGGGUCAUUUGCUUAAAGCUCUCAUUUCCAUUGUCCAUUGUCCAUUGUCCAUCGACAAUCGACAUGCUGAUAUUUCACUUGCUGCUUCCAUCUUAUAUAGGUUUUAGUAGUAAAAAGAAGUUGUGUACAGCUAAUAUCUAUGUAUAGUUCAAGAAAACCAAGUGUCGGAAUCUUCUGGCAUGUGAUGUUAAUAAACAGUUGAAUUCAAUCUCAUUGACAAUGGUGUUAUUAUUCUGGA